UCCACGAACGGGGCACACCACGCCACAUCGUCCAAUUUGUAUGUCAAACGGAAGAUGAACAUGCUUCUAUUGCGACCUCCACUACUGCCUCGGUUCUCUUCGAUUCACUUCACAUCUCCAAUUCUCCGCCACUACCAAAUCUUUCAACAACCACUCUUCGCCGCCGCCUCCACCUCGAGCGCCACCACCUUUCUCUCUCCCGAACCCUUAAACCUCGAAACCGACAACGACGACGAAUAUGACGUCUCCUCCCUCCCAAAUCCCCGGUAUGACUUCACUCCCCUUAUCCAUUUCCUCUCCACCCCCUACAACCCCACCAGUUCCUCAGCUUCCAGCUCACCCACCUCACUCAACCCCACCGAGUUUCAACUCGCCGAGUCCUACCGAGCCGUCCCAGCUUCACUCUGGCAUUCCCUUUUAAAAUCUCUCUCCUCGGACCCGUCUUCAAUCUCCACCGCUUACUCUCUCGUCGAUUGGCUCCAAAAGCACAAUCUCUGUUUCUCAUACGAACUGUUCUACUCCAUUCUCAUUCAUGCGCUUGGACGCUCCGAGAAGCUUUACGAGGCGUUCUUGUUCUCACAGCGACAAACGCUAACCCCUUUAACAUACAACGCGUUAAUUGGGGCAUGUGCUCGCAAUGAUGAUCUUGAGAAAGCCCUUAAUUUGGUGGCUCGAAUGCGCCGUGAUGGGUAUCAGUCGGAUUUUGUGAAUUAUAGUUUGAUUAUUCAGUCACUCACGCGUAGUAACAAAAUUGAUUCGUCCUUGUUACUCAAACUUUAUGAGGAAAUUGAAGCGGAUAAGAUUGAGCUUGAUGGGCAGUUAUUGAACGACAUAAUUGUUGGGUUUGCAAAAGCUGGUGAUGUGAGUAAGGCUUUGCAUUUUUUAGCUAUGAUUCAGGGAAGUGGAUUGAGUCCAAAGACUGCCACUCUUGUUAGUGUGAUUUCAGUGUUGGGGAAUUUGGGUAGGACUGAGGAGGCUGAGGGGGUAUUUGAGGAGCUUAAAGAAGGUGGAUUGAAGCCAAGGACAAGGGCUUAUAACGCACUUCUCAAAGGGUAUGUGAAGAGUGGUUCUUUAAGAGAUGCAGAAUAUAUUGUGUCGGAGAUGGAGAGGAGUGGGGUGUCACCGGAUGAGCAUACUUAUAGCUUACUGAUUGAUGCUUAUGGGAAUGCGGGCAGGUGGGAGAGCGCGAGAAUUGUGUUGAAGGAAAUGGAAGCCAACAAUGUACAGCCCAAUUCAUAUGUAUUUAGUAGGAUUUUAGCUAGUUAUCGUGAUAGAGGAGAGUGGCAAAAGUCAUUCCAAGUUCUUAAGGAAAUGAACAAUAGUGGGGUGCGCCCCGAUAUACAGUUCUAUAAUGUGAUGAUUGAUACUUUUGGGAAGUACAACUGCCUUGAUCAUGCGAUGGCCACAUUAGAACGGAUGAAAUUGGAAGGAAUUGAACCUGAUGCUUGUACGUGGAAUACCCUUAUAGAUUGUCACUUUAAGUUUGGGCAUCAUAAUAAAGCAGAGGAGCUGUUUGAGGCAAUGCAGGAAAGUGGAUGCUUGCCUUGCACCACCACAUAUAAUAUAAUGAUCAACUUAUUUGGGGAGCAGGAAAGAUGGGACGAAGUUAAGGGCUUGCUGGGAAAGAUGCAGAGUCAAGGACUACUACCUAAUGUUGUUACAUACACCACACUUGUUGAUGUUUAUGGACAAUCUGGGAGAUUUGAUGAUGCAAUUGAGUGCCUGGAGGUAAUGAAAUCUGCAGGCUUGAAGCCAUCAUCAACAAUGUAUAAUGCCUUGAUCAAUGCCUAUGCACAAAGGGGUUUGUCUGAGCAAGCAGUAAAUGCAUUCAGGAUCAUGAGAGGAGAUGGUCUAAAGCCUAGUCUCUUAGCUCUCAAUUCGUUGAUCAAUGCAUUUGGUGAGGAUAGGCGGGAUGCUGAAGCCUUUUCUGUCUUGCAGUACAUGAAGGAAAAUGACCAAAAGCCGGAUGUAGUUACCUACACUACAUUAAUGAAAGCUCUAAUUCGUGUGGAGAAAUUUGAUAAGGUUCCUGAGGUCUAUGAAGAAAUGCUCUUGUCUGGCUGCAUGCCAGACAGGAAAGCAAGAGCAAUGUUGCGGUCUGCCUUGAGAUACAUGAAACAGAUGCUGAGGUUGUAGUCAACUCCGGCACAGGCAGACUCCACGAUUCACUACCAUGUCCGUACGGAGCAAAAUGAUUAUCGAUUGAGGUUAGUGACUCUGAUUAUUGAAUGAUAAGCUUGAAGGUCCAAACCUUGUCAUAUCCAUCAUUAUUGACAUUAUCAUCAUCUCAAGCUAGUUCUUUGUUUGGACUGAAUUUUUCUUUUCUUGGAAAGGUCACAUUUGUCUCGUACACUAUGGGAUGAUGAGAAGAGAUAUAUAUUUCACAUCCUAGAGGGGCUAUAAUUGGAGAUCAUGCUUGGGCAUUUUUUCUGCAACUCUUGUGCAGAAAAAAAGUGCACUUGUAAUGGUGCUCAUCUCUAAGAAUGAAGACAUGCCAUAUCCAAAGCACAUCCAAGGGCUUGAAUACCCUUUCCUCCCCCCCUCUUUUCUUCUUUCUCACAAAUCAUGUUGUAUUACAAUUCUUUCAAUGUCUUGGCAAAAUAGAAGGUUUCCUGUUAUUGUACUAGCUGUGAACAUAUCAUACUUUUUCCGGUAUUGAAGCGAAAAAUAUUACAAUAAACUCCUAAAAUAGAUUGAUUAUGCUUUAUGUCCUCGACUGGCCUUAUAAAAAGGAGGC